AUGAUUAUACAAAUAGUUCCAGAUGUAAAUUAUUAUGAAGAAGAUUCAUAUGUAGCGCGAAAGAAACGUUCUGUCGAAGACGACAGUAACAAAAACCAUACGAUAAACUUCAUUCAUACAAUAGAUGACAUAAAUGAAGAUACACUAAAAGACACAAACAAAUCAGGGACAAUAGCAGCUCAAAAGGUAGACAUAGAACAUUUACCUAAGGUAUCACGAAGGACGAAAGUAUUAGAUAAUUUAAAUCAAACAGAUUCAACCCGUCUACACAUCGAAUAUAAUUCACAGGAAUAUGAUCAUCAUAUAACUGAAAAUAAGAUAGAAAUAGCACCGGAAACUAAGAAAUUAGACAUUAUGAGUAAUAGUAAACUCUAUAAAGUAAUGGGUAAUUACUCACAGAGUGUGAAAAAUAAGGAAUUAUCAGCUCUUGUUGUAAAUGAAUUAAAGCGCGGCACAGAAGUAAUUGGUGAUCAGAAUGUCCCACCAAUGUCAAAUAUUACGUUUACGCCUGAAAAUGACACCCUAACUGCGAUGACAUUUAUUGCUGGUAAUCUACUGAAUAAAUUGUGGGACAUGGAAAAGGAAUCUAGUGAUGAGUCUAUUGAAACACUUAAACAUAAGAAAAUAAAUGAUCUACUGGAAUUAUUCAAGGAACCACUGAGUGUAAGACAAGAAACAUUUCUUAAGAAUGCUCUUCUCAAGUUAUCUGAUACUUUAAAUAAAAAUAAAAAUGUAAAAAAUGUGUCUAUUUGUGAAACAAUCACAGACUCAGAUAUUUUAAGCGACGGUAAUAUAAAUGAAAACGAGUUUAAGACGGAUAAAAAGAAUAAAACGAAUUGUGCUAAGCAUAACUUGGAGAAAAAACAGAAUAAUCCAACCAAACAAACACAAUCUCAUAAGCCAAAUGUAGGUGACCCUUUAACUGUAGAUGAAAAUUCACCAAUUAACCUUUUCGGUAAUUUAUUGGAACGAAUUACAGAACUUCUACUACCAAACAAUGCUAGUAAAAAGUUUACUAACAAAUUAAAAACUUUAAAUCAAUUUAGUUCUACUGAUGAUGCCAAAAAAAAUAUUGAAGACAAAUUUAAAAUUAAUUUGGAUAAAAAUAAUAUGACAGUUAAAGAUAAAAUAAUUUUUGAUUAUCUUAAUCAUAUCGAAAAUAAUCCAAACUGUUUACUCAAACAGCAACACAAGAAAAUAGAGGAAAGGAAAAUAAAUGUUGAAGGUGACAUACUUUAUAAUUUAUCCGAAUUUUUUAAGAUAAAAUCAAUGAUUGAUUUGGUUAAAUUAACAAAACCCGAAACAACCACUACUAUGGAUACUAUAACAACAACUGAGAGCAAUAAAAAACAGACAACGCCUAGAAGUAUUUUACGUGAUACUGCAAGUAACAUGAAGCCAGUCAAUGAAACUCAAAAACUAAAUAUCACUAAAGAAAAACUUAAGAAUCAUUUAAAGGCGCUUAUCGAUGAUCUUCUUGAAUUACAAAAUGAAAAAGAUCCAAAAUCAAAAAAUAAUAUAAAAAUACUUGAGGCCCUUCCUUGCAUUUACAAUAUAUUAAACGCAGACAGUUUGAAUACUGAUUGGAAACCAAAAAAACAGGACACAGAACCUUUGAAGAAAAUAAAGGCGUUAAUUGAUUCUUUAAAACUUGAAUUCACAUCUAACGUACCAACGCGUAGAAAUAAUUUAAUAGCAACAGAGAGACCUCGAUCUGCAAGAAUUUGGGAGAGAAUGUUAAAGAACGUUAAUAAUCUACGAAAGGAAAAUCGAAGAAAUCCGAUUAAUGGAAAUCCUAAAUCUUACGAAGAGUUGAAAACUAUUAUGGAAGUAGUUGAGACAUCCAGCAAUACUUAUAAAAAUUUCGCAUUAUUGUCAGUUAUACCGGCUCAGAAACGACUGAUGUUACUUAAAACUUUAGAAGCUGAUACUAAACAAAAGAUAUUAGUUUUGCAAAAAAUAAAAGAUUCUUUAGACAAUCUGAAUAAAUUACCUUCGGAUAAAGUAAAAAAUAUAGAGAAAACCAAACAAGUAUAUUAUGAAAAAAGUGAAGUAGAAGUUUUUGACCCUAAAAAACUCGAAGUUAAAAAACAAAUGCUAAAUAUUCCUGAAACGUCUCCUGAUAUUCCUACUAAUUAUAAGAACAAAGAUUUUAAAUUAACUAGAGAUCAAAUCUUGGGCCGAUUAAUAGAAAAUCGUAUUCAAUUGUAUUUAACAUCGAAGGAACAAAAUAAUGGAAAUUUAAGCGGUGAUAUAGGUUACAAUAUUGGUAAAAGAAUUUUAACUUUACUACGACAAGGAAACUUCAAUGUCGCUAAAGAACUUUUCAAGGUUUUUAUUGCUAACAAGCAACAAGAAAUGGAAAAGAAGAACGAGUCAGUAUCAUUGACAGCAAAUGUCAAAGAAAAACGACCUUUAUUAUUGGCGCUAAAAGAACCAUUGAUAAGGCUUGAUGAAUCUUCAAAGAAAACUCCUGAACAAUUAUUUAGACAACUUUUGAACCUUAAAAACAUGAACAUAAAAUAA